UCCUUUUUCUAUUACAUAUCCUUUAACAAUAACUUACCUAUUAUUUUAUGUUUAAAAUUUUAUUCCGGCGUAGGAUGAUGUGUAAGCUAUACACGAGAAUUAAAAUUAUUGUAACCUUUUCAAUGUGUUAAUUAUAUAAAAUUAUUUAUACAAUUGAUUAUAUCAUAAAUAAGAUGAUGUAAUAUAUAAAAAUAAUGAUAGAUCACGAUAUUAGUAUGACAAGCUGAAAAUUUCUUUUUUAAUAAAUUUGAAUUUUUAUCAGGUAUUUAUAAAAAAUUUGUAUUUUCUCUUUUCAAUACACUGUUUAUUUUUAUUAUCUCAAUUACAUUCACAACUUGUAACACAGUCGUUAUUAUUGUUUGCGUUCCAUAUACUAUAUAUAUAAGUACAAAUAAAUAAGUACAAAGCCGGUUUUAGUGCCAAGUUGGGUUUCAAAAGAUAUUGUAUGACACUGAUACAUCUUUUUACUGAAAUUUUAAUUAAUAAUAUAUAUAAUAUGUAUAUUACACUAUGUAUUAUUCGAAUAAAAUUUUGUAAGACUAGAAAAAUGAAACGAUGAAAAGCAAUCACUAAAGGCAAAACAGUACUUUCACCAUUCCUCUACGUCUAUGGUCAGAAGAAUUUAAAUGCGAGUAAACUGUCAACCGUCAACACGAACGUCAGGUUAGAUUGAAUACACGACUAUGUUUGAAUAUUAACUCUCUUCAUCAAAUAAUUUUAGCCGUGUUUAAUAUUUCCACUUCAUAAAAUGUCACAAACACCAAAAGCCAAAAAAGAAACGAAAAGUGCUGGGACUCAAACCAGUAAAACUAAUACUGUGUUAGAAAUAGCAAAUUUGCAAGAACAAGUAAAGCUUCUUACAAUUGAAGUUCAGCAUUUAAGGAAAUAUAUUUUUGAAACUCCUGAAACAGUUAAAAAAUCUAGAACCCCAAGUCCAGUAAAUAUUAAUAAUGUAGAUGAAUUUAAUCAAACAGUACAAAAUCAAAGUGCAUGGAAAAAGAAUACAAAGAUAAUACAGCAUGGUUGUAGUUGUAAAACAAAAUGUUCUUCUAAAAUUUGUGGUUGUGUAAAAAAAAAUAUUCAAUGUACAGAAUGGUGUAAAUGUAAUAAUAACGUUUGUGUUAAUCAGAAACAUGAAAACAUAGAUCAAAACAAAGAAAAUUUAGAAUAUAAUGAAUUAACACAAAAAAACAUAGAAAAACCACAAAAAGAAAAUAAACAUAUAUUAAAUGUUAAUGUACAUAAAAGUCUGUUUAGUCCAGAUGUAACAAUGCAGGAGACAGAACCUAAUGUGGAGCAAUUUAGAUCUACAUCUCUAUACUUUGGCAAUCCAAAAAGAUUAACAUUUCAGGUGUCAGAUGAUGAACAGCAACCGAAAGACAAAGAUAGAAAAUCAAAAAAUAAAACUACUCAAAAAAAGAAAAAUAGUAUCAGGAAAAACAAUCUUAAAGUAAAUAACUCUGAGACUAAUCAAAGGCAUAGAUCUACUUCUAAUGAAGACAUACGAAGAUCAGAUAAUAUAAAAAUAGAGAAGUAUGCAUUAAGAAAAUGUAUCUCUAGCGAUAUUCAGACAAACGAGGAAUUUAAACAAACAAGCAAAUGUAAAAUUAAUUAUGUUCAAAACAUAAAACAUGGUAUGGUAUCUCUGAGGCGCCCUCAGCAAAGAUCUAAAAAAGUUGAAGAAAUAGCAACCAGCGGUACUAUUGAUUCAAAAGAGGAAACAGAUUCUCCAUCAAUAGAAAAUAAUACAGAAGAAAUGAUAAAAAAUAAAUCACUUGUCAUAGACCAGGACACUAAUGAUGAUUUUGAUCCUAUGAAACCUAAACGUGAACUAGCUAGAACACCAGUUCGUGAUAAUAGCAUAGAAACAGUACUUUGUAAUACUAUUGAUAAGUCAUUGGCCACGUCCAUUAUUUCCACAGAAGAAGAACCUGUCAUUCCUGUAGAAUUCAACUAUGCCCAAGUGGAUUGGGAAAAAUAUCAAGCUCAGCUUAUUGCAUGUAAUAAAUGCCAUAGAAAGUUCCAUCCAUUCAGAAUUAAGAAACAUGAAUCCUGCUGUAAAAAAAUGUGAUCUGUAAUUUUGACAUAUGGAUAUGUUUUCAAUUUUUAUAUUAACAUUUGCAGUAUAAGUAAACAACAUAUAAUUUUUUAUAUUUACAAAUAUUAGACAGGUUUGAUAAUAAAAUAAAUUUCUUACAA